GCAUGCGCUGCAUAUGCAGCGCACAUGUAAACGACGACAGACAGCAUAAACUUUCUGCGAUCUUCUUGGUGAGCGAAAUUCUGGUAAAAUCUUUAACAAGCAUACAUCAAGAUGGGACCACCAGAAAUCAAAUAUAAACAGCUGUUCAUCAACAAUGAGUUUGUGAACUCCGUGAGUGGUAAAAUCUUCCCUACCAUCAACCCAUCGACAGGGGAGAAGAUAUGUGACGUACAGGAAGGAGAUAAGGCUGACGUGGAUAUUGCUGUGAAUGCUGCAAAAGACGCCUUUAAACUCGGGUCACCAUGGCGAUCAAUGGAUGCAUCCAAGAGGGCAUUUUACUUAUUGAAGUUGGCUGAACUGUUGAAACGGGAUAAGGAGUACCUUGCUUCCUUAGAAACAUUGGAUAACGGAUUGAUUAUUGCAGGCAGCCGAUCCUGUGUCGACCGUGCCGUCGGAUUACUGCACUACUAUGCUGGAUGGGCCGACAAAAUUACUGGAAAGACCAUUCCUAUUGAUGGCAGCUUUUUUUGUUACACUCGUUACGAGCCUAAGGGCGUGGUUGCAGCUGUUACGCCUUGGAAUGCCCCUAUUGUAGUGAUGGCUCGUAAGAUGGCUACUGCCUUAGCAUGUGGGAAUACCGUGGUGCUGAAGCCUGCUGAACAGACGCCUCUGACUGCACUGUACCUUGCGUCUUUAAUCAAGGAGGCUGGUUUCCCGCCUGGAGUAGUCAAUGUAGUGCCUGGCUACGGACCCACUGCUGGUGCCGCAUUAUCAGAGCAUAUGGAUGUUGAUGUCAUCACAUUUACCGGAUCUGUAGAGGUUGGUAAGUUGAUCCAGCAAGCCUCCGGUAAGAGUAACCUGAAGCAUGUUUGCCUGGAGCUGGGGGGCAAGAGUCCCAAUGUCGUCUUUGCUGAUGCCGACUUGGACUACGCAGUUGAGACCAGUCACAGAGCCUUGUUCACACAUUCAGGCCAGAUCUGUAUCGCAGGGUCUAGAACGUUCGUCCAGGAAGACAUCUACGAUGAGUUUGUUAAGAAGAGCACCGAGCGAGCAAAGAAGAGGGUCGUUGGAGAUCCUUACAAUGACAAGUCCGAGUCCGGCCCUGUGAUUGAUGAGGUUCAGGUGACAAGGAUUCUUGGGAUGAUUGAGAGCGGUAAGGAGGAGGGUGCCAAGUUACAGUGUGGAGGGAUUCGUACAGAUUGUAAAGGCAACUUCAUCGAGUCCACCGUCUUCUCUGAUGUGACCGAUGACAUGAAAAUCGCUAGAGAAGAGAUCUUUGGCCCCGUGCAGCAGAUACUGAAGUUCAAGACACUGGAUGAAGUGAUUGAACGGGCCAACAAUACAUCCUAUGGCCUAGCCGCAGCCGUGAUCACUAAAGACAUUGAUAAGGCUCUGACUAUGGCUAACAGUGUGCGAGCUGGAGUGGUAUGGGUCAAUACCUACAGCGUUCUGGAUCCUAGGGCCCCGUUUGGUGGCUACAAAAUGUCGGGCAUUGGCAGAGAAGGAGGUGAGGAGUCACUUCUAGAAUUCAGUGAGAUUAAAACGGUUGUCAUCAAGAUUCCGCAGAAGAAUUCCUAGACUGUAGUGACUCAAGAAGACAACUAUAGGACGACAAUCAAAUCAACCUUGCCCUGGAAAAGGUUUUAAAGAGUGUAUUCCUCUGUGAUGUUGAUUAAUUUUAUGAUAAUUUUGAAAAUGUUCACAUGAAGCUCUUGGUAGAGCGCGUAAGUCUCACGAGUCCACGUUCACUUUUUAUGUGAAUCUCUUGGUGCCAAACACUUUCUAGUCACAGACCCUGUGUUUGAAUUUACCCACUUGAGCGAUUGAAUGGAAGUUGAGGUCAUCAACUACACGUAUGAUUUAAUAAUAGUCUUCAAUUUGUAAUAUUUUCAGUAUGUUUUACAUUGCAAUGCUUUCUUAUGACAUACCCAUUUAUUGCCAUUGAUUGGAUGGGCCCAGUCAGGACACAAAACAUAUGCAAAAAAAGGACGUUUCACAUGUUGUAGAUCCUAU